GCGGCCUCGGAUCUCAGGACCCCGGCGGGGGAACAGCCAGGCCGGGGGUCGGGAAGCAGGGGUGCCUGCAGCUGGCAGCCCCGGCAGUCGCCCUGCACCAGCAUGAAUGAAAUAAAAGGCUGGAAGGCAAGAUACUGGUGAUAAAGUUCUCUCAGGCUUCCGGUGUGAUUUUGUUUUAAGGUCUCAUUCAGGCAUGACUGCCAAGUGAGGUGUUCCUGCGGGUGGAAGGCUCUCGCUCCCGCAGUUGACAGGUUGUGCAGCUUACGUUGGAGUCAAUGGGACCUGAACCUGCGGGUCACUUCGCUUCUCGAGCAGAAGGCCAGAGUGGACCACGGCGACUUUCUGCAAUGGAGGUUUUCUUCUGGAGUGGCCACCGCGGGGAGCAGCACAGAACCGGGCACUCCUAAAGCCAGGUCCCCUGCCGCCCACGGAGAGGGCACAAAGGGGUCCUGGCGCAGACUCGGAGGCUUCAGCUGAUCUAGGCAGCUGGCCGCUGUGGGUAUUGUUGCUUUGGACGACUGCUUUGUGUUCUGAGUGAUCACUACCCCCAAAUGUUGUCUCUGGGGGACAGGUUUAGCCUAUUACCAACUCAGGACAGUUGGGGGCAUCAGUGAGCAGCUCCACAUCCAAUGGUCAGACCAACAAAGUCAGCAUGGGCCCCGGCCUCGGGGAUUUGUUUCACUGCCCAGGGGACUGGAUGGAUUCCGGCUCGAGAAGUGUUGGUCUAUGGGACUUUGGGGGCUCGAUGGAGAACACCUUCGAUGGCUCAGUAGGGCCCAGCUGAAGAUCAAAGCUGUCUUCUAGAGCGAAAAUACCCACAGCUGUCAGUUACCCUGACUCCUGGGAGCCCCCAACACCUUCCCCCUCACAACCCCCCUCAGGCGGGGCCUGCUGUCCUGGCCCGAGUGGUUGUGCUCCUCAGGCUGAGACUUCCUCUGCAGAAACUCCUCGUGGUUCACUCUUGCCUUUCUGAGUGUCAAGCAAAAUGAGUGACUGGGUCCGGGUCCAGAACGAGGAUUUAGGGUUCGCUGGGCCUGCAAAGGAACAGCAGGCCUGCGGGUGUCCUAGGAGAUCUGCUGCAGGUUAGGCAGCCAGGGAGGGCAAGGAGAGGCCCGCAUGAGGUCUCUGGAGUAGUGUCCAGCUCCUGGGGCCACCGGGAGACUCGGGCAGGGUGAGUGGGAGGGUCUCAGAGCAACGCCACUGCCCGCCAUUCCAGCAGCGGCUGCGGGUGGGGGCGGCAAGCGCAGUCCGGCAUCGGCUACCUCGGACCUGUGGGUGGGCUUGUCCUGCAGCCAUUCCGGGCUGGCUGGGUCACUGCCGAUCCAGGCAGCUUAAAGGAGAACCUUGGAGCCCUUGGCAUCGUCCCCACGGGUUUUCUAAUGACCAUGGAGGAAGCAGGCCAGGGGAGACAGCAGUUCUGGGUCCUGCAAGUCCCCAGACUGCUCCUCUUCCAGCAGCUCUCCACUGCUCCAUCCACUGCCCGCUGCCCUUAUGUGCUCCGGCCCAGGCCCAGGUUUGCCCAUUCACGCAGGCGCACACCAGGCUCCAGGGGCUGCCUUCAGGCACGCAUGCCGGGAGCCAGGCCCCCCAGCGCCUCCGGAAUUCGAGGCCGCAGGUGAUGGGCGCAGAGGCCACGGGUGCAAAAGCCUGAGCGCCUUCAUUGCCCCACAGGGCGACACCCUCUUCAGGAAAGGGAAGCCCAGCGCUGCGGUUGUUAACUGAGCCACUCAUGGGAGGUGCGGGCCUGCGCCGGCGCCGGGUCUCCAGGGCCAGCCGCGGGCCUUGUCUGGAUAAGGCGGGUCAGCCGCAGUUGCUGUCAGAUUUCCAUUGUGUUGGAUUUGCUUCUUUGUAAAGCUAACUGGGUUGUCUAGGAAAUAGUGCAGAUGUUCGUAGGCCCUGACAUGUUGACUUUUACACUUUCAUAGCUCUUUAGUCUCUUGAGAUAAAUUUACAAUCCUUGUCUAUUAACACCUCCUGAACAGACUUACCGCCUUUUUCAGGUCUGUGUGUUCACACGUGCGACAGUCAACACGUCCUGGGGCUCUCCGAGGUGCCCGUGUGUGGCCCCCACCUCACAGCAGCCCCUCCCUGAGGAAGCUAGAGCAGCUGCAGGGUCUGGCCUCGGGACCUGCAGGCCGAGGUCCCUGACCUGUGGGCAGCAGCCGCAACGUCCACCGUUGUUUUUCUUGCUGAGCUGCGUCAAAUAGCCCUUUCUUUUAGAGGAUCUUUUAAAGAACAAAAUUAAUGCUUUGCUUUCUAAAGGACAGCAAACACCUCUUCUUACUAGACGCCCCACCAACGUGGGACUCUGCUGAAGUGACAGUGCCGUCACUGGUCUCAUCGUUUUGGGUACAGGCACAGCGGGCAGUGUCUCCGUGCGUCUGCGUCCAGCAUGUUCAUGGCCGCCGUGCCCACUGCACGAGCAGCUGCUCUUUCUCCCCCAGGAACUGUAGGGUCCCGACACACACCUCCCUGCGGCUUCUCUCGGCCAGGCUCAAGGUCAGGCUGACGGCUCCGGAUGGGGGUGCUUGCCACUGCGUCCCUGUUCCCAACAGUUGGCUGUUUAGGGGACACGCUCGGGGUUGUGGGCUGGCUGUCAGAAAGCUGCCCCCUUGCUGACUGAUGGCAAGACUGCCCUUCGGGCUUCUCUCGUCCUGUCCCUGAAGGCCAGGGGUGUCUCCAGUGCCCACCCUAAAGCCCUAGCGGGUGGCUGCGGCCCACACGCUUUGGGCUGCUGAGGCUUUAACCAAUGUUGUGAUGUAGAGAGUGUAUUUCCCUUUUUGCUCCAUUUUCUUCCUAAUUGCAUGCACUCAGAGUAGUGGAAUGGUAAUGUUUCAUUCACUUAGCAUCCAUGGCGGACGUUGGCUUAAGUGUAAGAAAAUUAGAAUAUAUUUUUUUAAAGAUCUUUUUAUUUAUGCAUACAAGAGCUGGGGUGCAGGCCAGAGGAGCGGGGGUGAGAGGACUCCCCAGAGACAGAGCGGGGAGCAGAACAGAUGGACCCACUGAAAUCCACUGCUGAGGGGAGCAGCAGGGAGACAGGAGAGGUCUGCCGCGCCCUAUGGGUAGCUCCAUGGCCGGGGAUGGAACUCCUGCUGCAGCGGCUGCCGAUAGCUUCAUAGUGCUGAGACUGACGCCUGCACCCCCUGGGAGGCCCCGUCUUUUAGGCCUCUUGUUAUAAGAGAUUCUUCCUUGAUGUUUAUUUCCUGUUGGUUGUUGCAGGAUUUCAGGGAGCUAUUGAUGUCUGAAAUUGUCCCAUCCGUCCCCUUCCUCGAGCCGUCACUGAGCAGAGAGCACCCCGUUCUAGCCGCACGCCCUGGACGGACAACACAUUGGGGCCAGCAGCCUGAGAAGCCCCGCGAUGGUCUGCUCCGCGCUCAGCAGGGUCGCCCUGGCGCGGGUCUGCCUGGCCAGGAGGGCCAGCGGCACCUCCAGGGGCCACUCGCAUCCAGCCCCGGCCCGCAGUCGGGCGGCCACGGAGCCUGCCGCCGCUGAGGCCCCGGGCACGGUGGAGCUGCUGGGCCGGUCCUACCCGCAGGACGAGCACAGCAACCUGAGCCGCCGCGUGCUGUCCCUGGUGGGCCGCAACCUGCACCGCCGGCCGCACCACCCGCUGGGGCUGCUGGCGCAGCGUGUCCGUGCGCACUUCCACGCGUGCUACCCGGGCCGCGGCGGCGCGCCGCUCUUCGCCGUGCUGGACGACCUGCCGCCCGUGGUCACGCCCUGGCAGAACUUCGACAGCCUGCUCAUCCCCGCCGGCCACCCCAGCCGCCGGCGCGGCGACAACUACUACCUGAACCGCUCGCACAUGCUGCGGGCGCACACCUCGGCGCACCAGUGGGAGCUGCUGCGCGCCGGCCUGGACGCCUUCCUGGUGGUGGGCGACGUGUACCGGCGCGACCAGAUCGACCGCCAGCACUACCCCGUCUUCCACCAGCUGGAGGCCGUGCGGCUCUUCUCCCGGCACCAGCUGUUUGCCGGCGUGAAGGGCGGAGAAAGCCUGCAGCUCUUUGAGCAGGGUGCCCGCUCCGCCCACAAGCAGGAGACACACACCCUGGAGGCCGUGAAGCUCGUGGAGGCCGACCUCAAGCAGACGCUCACCCGGCUGAUGACCGACCUGUUCGGGGACGGGCUGGACGUGAGAUGGGUGGACUGCCGCUUCCCCUUCACGCACCCGUCCUUCGAGAUGGAGAUCCUCUUCCGCGGGCAGUGGCUGGAGGUGCUGGGCUGCGGGGUCAUGGAGCAGCAGCUGCUGAGCUCAGCUGGCGCCGGCGACCGCGUGGGCUGGGCCUUCGGGCUGGGCCUGGAGAGGCUGGCCAUGGUCCUCUACGACAUCCCCGACAUCCGCCUCUUCUGGAGCGAGGACGAGCGCUUCCUGCGGCAGUUCCGCGUGGCCGACAUCCACCAGGCGGUGACCUUCCAGCCUCUCAGCAAGUACCCCGCCCUGACCAACGACAUCUCCUUCUGGCUGCCCCCCGAGGGCUACACGGAGAACGACUUCUAUGACCUGGUCCGGAGCGUGGGCGGCGACCUGGUGGAGAGCGUGGACCUCCUCGACGUGUUCGAGCACCCGAAGACCGGCAGGACCAGCCACUGCUACCGCGUCACCUACCGGCACCCGGAGCGGACGCUCUCGCAGCAGGAGGUGGGGCGCGUGCACCGGGCAGUGCAGGCUGCGGCCGUCCAGCAGCUGGGCGUGGAGGGCCGCUUCUGACACCCGCCGAGCCCCGAGGAACUGGGGCGUCUGUGCCGUGGUGAGUGGGUCUGCCCAGGACUCCAGCAAAUAAAGGCGCCUG